AAAGGGAUUGGGAGAGGAUUACUGGCGUGAAUGGCAUUCGGAAGAGUUAAAUAUCAUAUUCCGAAUAUUUCUGCAAAUUCAGACACAGAAAGUUUAUAUAUUAAUCCUGGAACAAGGCCUGAUCUACACCCCAAAAACUACCCAGCUCCCCCCCAGGACAGCCGGCUCCCUCUAGGACAGCCAGUGCACCUAGAAUCCCCAGCUGUGCCAGGAUCCAGAGCCCACCCAUCUGCUUCAGGAUCCUAAUCCUCAAUUCCUUCAGAAUCCUCAGCUCUCCAGGACUUGAAGGCCCAUAGCAACCUUCGAUGGAUGAAGAUAUAUGGGAUAAGCCGGUGUGUGAAUGGACCGUGCAGGAUGUGUGUUGCUGGAUUCAGGUUGGCCCAUUGCAAGAUGGAGCAGGUCUGGUCCAAGCUGCCUUCAUCAAUAACAUCUCAGGUCGGACUCUACUCAGACUGAACGAUGAACUGCUGCAAAGGAUGGGAAUCCACCAGAUGAGUCUGCGAAGGGUCAUCUUACUAGAGGUCCUGCAGCUGAAACUCCAACAUGAACUACAUGAACUCCUCUACAUCACUGGCAGUUCCUUGACAUAUGAAAAAACUAAAUAGAAAAGAUCCUGAAGAGACUUAUGGAUAGAAAUAGUUAUUUUGAACUAUCUGCAACACAAAAUGUACCAACCAGUAGCCGACUCUAGUCUUCUCUGCUGUGUAUAACUCACAUGGACCACCUAAAACGCAACUCCAGUCUUUUCUACUGUGUAUAACUUACAUGGAUCACCUAGAACCCAUCUACGGUCUUCUCUACUGUGUAUAACUUACAUGGAUCACCUAGAACCCAUCUACGGUCUUCUCUACUGUGUAUAACUUACAUGGAUCACC